AUGGGUCCAUUUGAAGUCACAGAAGUAAUUUCCUCUACCACUUACAAGUUACAACUACCUAGUAUCUUACAUAUACAUCCAGUAUUCUAUAUCUCUUGCUUGAAACCUUAUUACCACGAUGAAUUCGAAAAAAGAGAAGUACUACCACCACCACCAUUGUUAAUAGAUCCGAACUUGGGCAUGAAAUAUGAAGUCAAAGUCAUUUUGGACAAGAGAAGCUACCACCGUCAAACACAAUAUCUAGUAAAGUGGAAGAGUUAUCCUUUGCAUGAUGCCACAUGGGAACCUCUUAAAAAUCUUGAGAAUUGCAAGCAGUUAGUUGAAGACUUUGAAGGAAAAUCAGAGUCUUCUUUGAGUAGAGGAAAGUGUAGAGAAAUAGAUUAUCUCAAAUGUAAUUCGUGCAAUGAUUGUGAUUCGUAUAACAAGCAUGAUUUGUGCAAUGAUCAUGAUGAUCAUAAUGAUGUGAUUUGUGCAAUGAUCAUGAUGAUCGUAAUGAUCGUGAUGAAUGUAAACUGUAACUUAACUAUUGUAUAA